GUAUUACAGGACCUGGCUGGGGAGCAGGGCCUGGCUGGAAUUUGAAUAGAACAAAAGAAAGCUCAUUGAGCUCUUGAGUCUGAUGUCUGCAUAAACCAGAGACUGAUUCUGGAAACCCCAGGCACCCCUCCUGGCAAGAGGCUGGCAUUUCUGGGAUAGGACUAGGCAAAAACAGGAAGGUAAGAUUUCUUGGGUCUUUUCCCUGUUUGACAUCAGCAACCUGGCACCAAAGAACUUUACCUUCUUUCAUCUUUCCACCCCAUCCUUCCUCCCUGUCUCAUCUCCCUGGGAAAAGCAGCCCCUACUUCAUCAUCCCCAAGGUACCCCAGUACCAAAAAGGGCCUUGUCCCGGCUUCUCACUCUGGAUGUAACUGUUCCAGCCAAGACUCAUCCUCAGCCAGAAGGACUUGCUUUAGGGACCCAUUCUCAUCAAUUUCUCCUGAUAAGACAGGCAGGCUAGGACAGGAAGUAUAUAGAGGGGAAGAUGAAGGCAAGUUGGUGCUGGCCUGCCCUCUGCUCCCACCCCACCCAAAAUUCCCCUAUCAGAAUUUGUGUGUGUUCAUAUGAUUGUGUGACUGGAUGAUUGUGAAGACACAACUGUGUGGGAGUGGGACUUUGAGGCCAACUGGGGCUAUAUGAUUCUGUCCUUGGUUGUCUGACCAUGUGAGGUUGACUGAGUGAUUGAGGUGUGGCUAUGAAUGUGACUAUGGGUAUAUGAGUAUGAAUGUCCAUCAUUGGAUACCACCGUGGAUCCUUAGCUGCCCUUACUUGGCCACUGUGUCAUCAGCCUUCACAUCAUGCAGUACCCCUCUCUCCAGCUUCUCUGUCCAGGGCUUAGAAGCCAUGGGAAAUGGCAGCCCUAGAAGAGGAAGGGGUCUGUGGCAAUUAGGGCUCAGGAAUGUCACAGGAUGAGCAAUACAUCUUCACCUGCCUCUGACUCACCUGGUGCCCCAGGUAAAAGGCACCCAGAUAAAAGGUAGGGGAGGAGGAGAAGAGAGAAGUAUCCAAGCUGAGCAGCAUGAAGGGGCCCUCACCCACAAGCAGCCUCCUUCUGCUACUGCUGCUGCUGACCCCAGACCCUGGAGCAGCACUGCUACUGUCACCCAGCAUUACCUGCUGUACUCAGCUCUACCGCCAGCCACUCUCGAACAAGCUACUAAGGAAAGUCAUCCGGGUGGAACUGCAGGAAGCUGAUGGGGACUGUCACCUCCAGGCCUUCGUGCUUCACUUGUCUCGACGCAGUGUCUGCAUCCAUCCUCAGAACCGCAGCCUAGCUCGGUGGUUUGAGCGCCAAGGGAGGAGAUUCCAGGGUAUUCUGCCUAACCUGAAUUUGGAGCUGAUAGGGAAAAUGGACCAGGGGCCCUAAUAGCCAAAAUAAUAAAGCAUCA